ACACCGAUUUCUCGAAGUAUCUUAUAUUAGGAGCACACUUUCUCGAUCCCGCGUAAAGCUCUUUUUUCAAAAUUUUCUACCCCUAGCCUUUCCAGCCAGGAACCGCAGCUCCAUCGAGAACGCGAGUCGCAAUUCCGACAAGGUUAAGUUCCGAUGCGCUUCGCGGGCAAGCGACCAAGUGGCGAAAGAGACGCGUCGCGCAACGGCGACGCGUAAGACGCGUUUUACGUCCGCCGAGGAGUCGGGGAGUGCGAUCGCCUCGUUCCGAGGGGAACUUAAUAAAACCACGGUCAGGUCAGACCUCUCGUCGGUUGUCGCAAUCGCCGGAGGCGACGUCGCGAUAAUAGCGUCGAUGCAAUAAGCACUGCACUUUGCACUGGAGUCGCGCGACGCGUUGCGUACGCGCGGCGACCGGCGGCGACAACGCGUGUACGAGCACGGCGGUCACUCGAGGGGUGUCGCGAUACCGUUUCCACCCCGUGGCGAGUGGUUCCCGCACUUCCGCGGUCGAUAGCGCCGUUCCCUGCGAGUCGGGCGACAGAGAGCGGGUGCACGCGCGCUCGAUUGCCAGGGAGAACCCUCGGUCGCUUCCUCGCGAGGUGCGUUGUCGGGGUGCUCCUCGAUAAUCGAUCCCUCAUCGUCACGCUUCGAGGAGGUCAACGAUACCCGCACGGCGAGAUGAAAGGGGACGCUCCUUGAGUCCGUGAACACGUACGACGCCGCAUCGUGACACGCUGCCGCCGUGUGACACGUGCCACGAUCACGCAUGCGGAUGAUCGUCCCCGUUGUGCCCGGAUUCGGAGAGCGGCUCGUUAAAUUCGCCGCGGGAGAGUCGGCGUUCACGGAAGCGGACGGACGACCGUUAAAUUACACGCCGGCAUCGAGAUCUUUUUCCGUAAAUAUACGAGAAAAUGAGCGACAACGCUGGUGGCGAGACAAGCGACGAGAAAACGGAUCCGGGUGCUAGCAGGCACGGGAACUUCAUGAAUUAUUACCAAUUCCAUCUUGCGGAAGAGCGCGUGCGGCAACUUCCGUGUAGUGUGUGGCAGCGGCGACGGGUCGCUCAUCCGCACCGGAAAUACGCGGGUCUAGACGUCGGUUGUAACACCGGGGAUCUCACGUACGUUCUGCACGACUUCCUCGAGAAGGCCAUGUCUCAAGAUCAGCCCGAGAUCUCCUUAAUCGGCGUGGACCUGGACCCGAUUCUGAUCGAGAGAGCGCGCGAGCGCAAUCCGCGCCCGGAUCGCCUGACCUUCGAGUGUCUGGACUUUUUGUCGGUGGACCGGACGGGCGAAACUCUGAGGAAGCACCUGACGCAGCUUGAUAAGACGCGCUUCGACGUGGUGUUCUGCUUCUCGAUCACCAUGUGGAUCCACCUAAAUCACGGUGACGAGGGUCUGGAGGAGUUCCUGCGCAGAGCCUGUGACCUGACGGAGAUGAUCGUCGUCGAGCCGCAGCCUUGGCGGUGUUACAGGAAGGCCGCGAGAAGGCUGCGGAGGGCGGGCUUGGAGGCGUUUCCGCUGCUGGACGAACUGAGAUACACCGGCGAUACGAUAAAGCAUGUAGGCGACGUUUUGACGAGACUAUGCGGCUUCGAGAAGGUCACGAUGAGCGCGAGAAACGAGUGGGGUCGCAUGGUUUUGAUCUACGAGAGGAGACGGCAAUCGUGAAAGAUCUCAUAACUAGACAAAUAUAUGCACGUAUAUUACGUCGAGAGUGUGAACGUUGUGCGAAGUGUACACUGCUGGUGGACGUGACGAUCAGUUAAUUUUAUUUUUAUUUUAUUUUUGAGAAGGAAAGGCAAGUUUCAGGCGUAUAUUUAUAAACAUUAUUAUUACAUAUUAUCGAAUAAAUGUCAUUUUACAAAGAA